CAAAUCGAUCUCGACUCUUCAGGAAUCGAGGAUCGAGACUGGCUAGGCGCAAUAGCUCUAAUGUGGGCAUCUCACAUUUGCAAUUCCGCUCAUGUCAACACACUGCUCCUGCGCGGCGCUAAGAUCGAAGCAAGAGAUUUAUUAGGCCGAACCGCGCUGCGUUAUGCUACUGAAGGCAGCUCACUGAGAUGCAUCAAGGUGCUUCUAGAAGCGGGAGCUGAUGUCCAAGCGGUUGAUGAUUAUGGUGCUGUCCCCCUUCACAACGUCGCUUACUCCCCCGACAACUGCGAGAUCGAGGAUAUCAUUUUGUGUCUGUGUGCCCAUGGCGCAGAUCGUGAGGCACGCAACAACGUGGGUUGA